AUGGCAGAGAAUAAGGUCAACCUGUCGAUCAAUGGACAAUCAAAAGUACCACCAGGUUUCAGAUUCCAUCCAACUGAAGAAGAACUUCUCCAUUACUAUCUUCGCAAGAAGGUUCACUCUCAAAAGAUAGAUCUUGAUGUCAUUCGUGAAGUAGAUCUCAACAAGCUUGAGCCUUGGGAUAUUCAAGAAGAAUGUAGAAUCGGUUCAACGCCGCAGAACGACUGGUACUUCUUCAGUCACAAGGACAAGAAAUAUCCAACGGGGACCAGGACAAACCGGGCAACAGUUGCCGGAUUCUGGAAGGCUACCGGACGUGAUAAGAUCAUCUAUAGUUGUGUUAGGAGGAUUGGAUUGAGAAAGACGCUCGUGUUCUACAAAGGAAGAGCUCCCCACGGUCAGAAGUCUGACUGGAUCAUGCAUGAGUAUCGCCUCGACGAGACUCCAACAACUAAUUAUCAGGAAAAUUCAGAUGUUGUAACUGAAGAUCCAAUGAGCUACAACGAGGAAGGUUGGGUGGUAUGUCGAGUGUUCAGGAAGAAAAACUAUCAAAAGAUCGAGAACUCUCCUAAAAUCACUCUAUCGUCUUCACCUGAUGAUACUGAGAAAAAUAGAAGGUCCUUCACUUCUCACAACACUCAAAACGGCUUGGACCACGUUCUAUAUAUGGACCGUUCCUGUCCCAACAUCUGCAUGCCCGAUAUCCAAACUACGAUCGAGACUCAACAGAAUCAAGACGAUAUUUUAUUCAUGCAACUCCCAAGUCUUGAGACACCCAAAUCCGAAGACCUGAUCGACCAAAGUUUAACGAUUCCGAACCAGCUCGAUUCCUCUCUGGUUCAAGAAAAGAAAACCAGCAGACCAGUUUGCAGUAAUUGGGCUAGUCUUGACCGGCUAGUGGCGUGGCAGUUGAACAACGGUCAUCAUAAGUGUGAGCGUACUAGUUUUGAUGAAGAAGAGGAAGAUGUUGAUACCAUGAUGCAGCGAUGGGAUCUUCACUGGAGUAAUGAUGAUCAUGUCGAUCUUUGGAGUAGUUUUACUGAAUCUUCUUCAUCCCCUUCGUCUUUAGAUCCUCUUCUUCAUUUAUCUGUAUGAUUGUAUGUAUAUUCACGUAAACACACAUAUACACAAUACAAUA